UCCCAAAUCCCACCAGCCCCCCCUCCCUCAUAAAAAAUGAACGGUCCCCAACAUUUGAAAUUAAGCGCUGUUUGACCUCCUUUACAUGCGUGCGUCAAAAUACGUUGCAUAACAGAAUUUAUUACUCAAGAAUCAAACAAAAAACGAGCCAUGAAACAAUUAAUCAACCGCGAUUCGGGAAAUCCUUCGAUGGCUGUUCAUUCGAAACAUUCUUCAAAACAACAUGGUACAGAGUACUGUGCAAUUAUCAUCCCGCAAACCUUGGCUCGGUGACCCAAAGAACAGAGAUAAGCGAAAUGAUGUAUUCGACGACUACCUUGCACAUCGACUUUUUUCCCACCUUCGCUGGACCUUUGUCGGCCUCAAAGUGAGCCGCGUUGUUUAGGACAAUCGUCGGCAAGGGUCACACUCACAGCCCGACACAUAGUCCUUUAUCGUCGGUAAAAGACUGGACGCUUUGCAUGCUGAGCGCUCCGAUGCUUUUUAUUAGUGCGGUACUUUGAGGAAAUUUAGCACAAAUAAACUUCCGUGGGAAAAGUAAGGCCUCGUUGACUUGCGUUUGUAACAGAAAAUGAACAUCGUGGAAAGCGGUUACAUGGAAAUAAGCGAGGGGACUGGGGACAGGGUUAGAACGGGGAAUUAAGCCCUCCCAUUUCUUUUUAACCUGUACAUUUACAAGAACGCAACUAAAAUGUUAUAUAUGGGAGAACUGUCUAAAGUCUGCGCUCUUAAUCUUUGCAAAAGAGCGCGCAAACCCAAGACAAAACAAAGGGAAGUUAUCCCUCUCACCGAUCUAUAACCACAGCGGUGCGAGACAUCGGAAGGGAAUUAGAUUUUUCUUCACCCAUAAUGGUGUUUAUUCCAAAAAAAGCGCGUAAAGCGCGGAAAUACAAGGUAUUUUGAUUUUGUCCGAGAAGGUAUUAAUAAUAUUAAUAUUAAAAUAUCUUUGAACAAUGAACCAGUGGUGACAGCAAGUGGACCAGCGUUACGCAAUACGUGAUCAUGGACAGUCAACAUUGCUUCCUGUGAACAUUUGCCUGGAUUUAUAGCCGGACUGUUCAUUCAGUCUUUCGUCUACAGCCAAUUUUCCUGUUUUAAAAUGAAAAGCGAGCGAAGCGGUAGCCGGCAUGUAACAAAAUGGGAGAGAGUGUCUACAAAGCUGAGUCCUUCCCAUAUUUUCAUGUAUUUUUGUCUCUUAGCUUUUCCAAAUGAAAAUCCUGGAACAAGAGGGAAGGGAAAGCACGUUUAGAGAGUCUGCCAAUAAACAAGUGUCGACUUGAUUUAUAGCUACUUGAUUUAUUGCAAAUAAGCCAAGAUCAGUUACUGUCUCUGGAGAGCUUUUGUAUAUAAAGCUCUUCCGGUGUAAGAACUGAACAGAGUCCAUCGCGCGCGUGUGUUGCGAAAGAACACGCGAGAGGGGCGACACGCAAAAGCUGGUGGGCCGUUGAAAAUGCAUGACCGAUAUUUGAAGCAGUAUGAUGGCGUCAGAUUAUUUCUCUGAAAUGUUCAUGGAUUUGUCGAGGGCCCGGGAUCGAGGGGUUUCAUGUCAAAAAUAGUUCAGCCUGCUCUGCAGGCUAACGUGGAGCUUGUUAGGGCGAAGGGUGGGGAAAGUCGCGCGUGUGCUCACGAACAAAUGAAACGCGCAUGGAGUAAAGGCAUGUUUAUGGCGUCGAGCAAUUCUUCGAUUUUCUCACGGUUCUCAAAGUUCUCUCCCUUGGGGUUAUCGAAAGGGGAAUUUUCUUAUCUAAAAACUUAUUUCAGUUAUUUGACGAACAAUCGAAAGUGAACGGGGAAGCAAAACAACAUUGCUCGUAUUGGUAGGCAGCUGCCUGGAAAUGCUCUCUGCCUUAUGUCAAACUUAUCAGCUUAUGUUAAUCCGAUUAUCCCGGCAGCGACUGAAAAUUGAAGGUGUUUCACCGAAAAGCGGGGAAAAGCCGCCACACUUUCAAGCCGACUUUGAACACAAGCAACUCACGUACGACAAAAAGAGCCUUUCUAAUUUUUACGAUUUCACGGUGAAAAAAAAAAAAGAUAAACUAUGCGUCCGGAAUUUGUUUACGAUAGCACUUCGUCAAAGAAUGAGUAACACGAUUGGAACUUUUUCCGUCACGUUCAAAGGAUAAACAGACUGUUAUUUUGUUUGCAUUUAAUAUUUAGUGCGUCUCUUUACCUCUGUUUUCAAACAAAAAGCUUGUAAGAUGUGAAAAAGAAUCCACUUGAAUGGAAGAAGAAAAGAAAAAUUUCGCGCCUGUUUGCGCGUGAGAAAUAUUGUGUCGGCAUGUUUCUAAUUAGUUGCUAUUGUCAGUGAUCGCUCAUCCGCGAAACGAGCAUCUCGGGUCUUAAUCACUGAGGGUUUAUUGCUUCCUACAUCCUCGAAAACUCACUUUUUUGUGUCCCAUCGCGGUAUAUACAAGAUGUUAACACUCAAAUCGCAUUACCCACGAAGGGUCGCUGUUUUGACGUUGUAUUAUAAUUGCUCAUAAUUUGCUAAUAACAUGACUCCACCCAAAAAACAUUUCAAUUAAUAGAAGAAUACUGAGUAACACCUCAAGCGUGGGAAAAUGAUACCUCAAGCUCUAAAAGCUUCGUCAAAGUUUCAUUUUGAUAGAUGGGAUAAUAAAAGCUUUACUUACAGUUGCUUAAGUUUCAGAUUAAGAAAUUCCGAUAAUUCAGCAAGAUUAGGGUUAACAAGCCGUUCAAUCAGUGUACUGUGUGUAUGCGUGACAACAUAAUACGCGCCGAAAAGGUUAAGUUAAGCUUUUUGCUAGUUUUUUUGCUCAGUUUUGCUUUUUCGCAGAACAUACUGCGACUAAAAAAUUCACGAUGCGAUAAAUAAUUGCUGUAAUUUGAAGGACUAAAGAAAUAAAGCCAACCCUUAACCUCAUAAGCAUCUCGAUAAUUUUCAUCUACACCCAUCGGCUGUUCUGGAUCAUGUUUCUGGGAUAGCUGUCAAAUUAGAGCAGCGGUGUUGUUUUAUCUAUCGAAGCUGUAACCUGGCGAUAAUUCAAUGUCUUCAGAUCAACAGCUAUGUUCCAUCAACACCGUUAAAUUUAACUCAAAGCAUGCCAGCCACCCGCUUGCACCCUUCAGCCACCCAACUUGAAAGUUUUGGUUCGACUUCCGGUUGCAAAUCUCGCUUCUUCAAAGCAAUAGCAAUACAUACGCAUUUAAUCUCACCCAUGAUUGUCCAAUUUGCAAAGGUAUUGUUUUUAUUGCAAGAGUUGUUUGUUCCGCUGGGAAAACCUGUCAUUUCCAACCCAGUGUUUUCGUAACAUGCGUGAAAUUGUCCCUAAUUACAGCAUAAUUGAUGCCAAACCGGGGUAUAUAUAGCUGUGACUUCUGCGGUCAGCUUCAUUUCCCCACGUGCUAUCUGUCGCGCCGGCAUCGAAACCAGCGAAACAUUUUCAAAACCAUCAUGGAAAGCAGCACUUAUCUGUUUGGACGUAGAUUCAGGAACCGUCUUUUUGUUGGAGGGCUUCCACACAACACAACACCACAAGAGCUGGCUCAAUAUUUUAGCAACUUUGGCCAUGUUGUGGAGGCUAAACUUAUUUUUGAUGAAAAUCAAGUUCCAAAGGGCUAUGGCUUUGUGACAUUUCAGUCAGAAGGUGAUGUGAGAAAUGUGACAGAAAUGGGAACUUUGUUCCUCAGGAAUAAAAAGCUCAACUUAGGUCCGGCAGUAAAGAAACAGGUCACGCCUGUAGAGAAUCCCGAACUUGUUGUAGUGUCCAGCAAUCAAAUGAGAGGGGAGUAUUUUUACCCUGUGCCUGCGUCUAAUGUUGUGACACCUGUACAGUAUCCGACAUACAUGCCUCCAGUGUACACUCCUGAACAUCAGGUGUCAUAUAUACAGCAACCAGCCCCUUAUGUAAUACAUUAUCAAGAGGAAUACCCAGGUGCUCCAACAGCCCUGCCUGUUUCUAACCAUGUACAUGUCUCUUCGAGUCCACAACAUAGAAGAAAAUUGCCACCACGCUUUAGACGAUCACGUGAAAACUAGUUUCCCAU